CCUAAGGCGAGAGUUUAUAUUAACUUGGUAAAUAUUUAUAAAGUAAAUAUCAUGAUGCCUGUUUGUUCAAACGCCCAGCCAGUGUGUUCAGUUGCCAACAAAUCGAGAAAAUCCAAUUAUUCACUCUGAAGCUGCAUUCAGACGUUAAUCACAGAUCCUCAUGUACACCAACAUCACAUCACUGACAAUGAUUGCCUAUAUAAAGUCCUCAAGCCUGGUCACUGGACACACGGCACGCGUUACGCUACUACAUAUCGAGAAUGUCGGACUUCCGCACACGAAUACCUUGCAAACAGGUCAACUCCUUUAGCAAACUCUCUAAUGUGCUGACGGCUGAAUACGGAGAUAUGCACUAUAAAUUGAAGACGGAAAAGAACGAGCGUGGCGAGCUCUUCUACGUGGUUGGUGUGUCGUGCCAUUUUGCGCGUGAUGUGCGGGAACUCCUGAUCACUAAGGGAGUUCUUCGGGAGGGUGCGAGACCGCGGGGAUUUUCGGCUAUCAACAAACCAAAGCCUGGUGGAGAUUCACUGCCUGAAGUCAUUGAUCUCACUGGGGAUGACUCGGAUGGGGAGGCACUGCAGGCCCAGAGUCACGAGGAACCGAACGCAGAAAACAUUCCAGGAGAAUUGACAUCUGGAUCACGUCAACGUCAUCCUGUUCUGGGACAAACGCCAGGCUCCAUUGCCAAAUCAGCAUCAAAUCAACGAGAUACCACUGAGAGGAUGCACCAAAGCACUACGCUACAAAUCCCUUGCCAUCGCCGAGUUGAACAGCGACGCAACGGCGCGGUUGGCCAAGGAGACUGUCCGACAGGGAGGGUCCCGAUAUCUAUGCUUCUUGAAGAUCCUCAAACUUGAGCUCGAUUGGCGUCUAGAGAUCGAGCCAGUUAACACAGGCUUUUGCAGGAAAUUUGAAGUUCAGUAACGGAGGAAGUUGGAGGUUUGGGGAUUUAGUGUCUGGCACUUGUUUGCAAGCGCUGGACACUCCGCCCAGCUCACCGGGUCCUUCGUGAGCACGCAUUUCUUUUGCAAC